CGAGUCUCGCGGGUUUUGGUUCUUUUACAAUGCCCUCAAUUUCAAUUGCAAAUUCGAUGAAACCUUUGGAAUCCAGUGUGGUUACGAUUGAUGUGGGUGGGCAAAUCUUCCAAACUACGAAACAAACCCUAAACCUAGCUGGGUCUGAUUCGCUCCUAUCCCAGUUGGCUGAAUCGUCUAACAGAUUCGUUGACCGUGAUCCCGAGUUAUUUUCUGUACUUUUGUCCCUUCUACGAACUGGGAAUCUCCCAUCUAAGGCUAAAGCUUUUGAUUUCGAAGACUUGAUCGAAGAGUCACAGUUUUAUAACAUUGAAUCGCUUUUGAUUAGCUCUCAAUCGAAUACCUCGCAGUUUGACGCUUUCAACCUCGAAAAGUCGGUGGUACUGCCGUUAAAUGGCGAUUCGCCGUCGACAAUUGCAACGACUGAGUAUGGGACACUUCAUGUUUGUCAUGGAAGUAAAAUUACGUCCUUUGACUGGUCCUUGAGAAGGAAGUCUACAAUUUUGACACAAUUCAGUGCUAUUGAUUCUUUGUUAGCCAUGUCUCCGACUGUUGCGGCAGCUGGAGCCACUGAUUUUUCUGGGCUGCAAGUUCUUGAUCUUCGGAAAGGGUAUGUGAAAGAGACUUUAAAUUGGGAUAAUAUGACCAUGUCUAGUUGUACUGUACAAGCAAUUGGCUCAUCACUUGAUCGUUUGUUUGUUAGUUUUGAGUCUUGUAGGAGAAAUUCGAAUUCUAUUAUGGUUUAUGAUAUUAAUAGUUUUAAACCCGUUAGUGAGAUCGGUCGCAAUGAGAUUUAUGGUGCUGAAACAGAUUCUGGGAUUCCAGCUGCUAAGUUGAGGUGGCUUUCGGGAUAUAAUUUGCUCAUGUCAGCUGGAUCACAUAGUGCCAUUUCUGGGGUUUCGGCAAUCAAAUUGUGGGAUGUAAGGUCUGGUAAUGUUGUGUGGGAGGUUAAGGAUAAGGUGGAUUGCUUUUCUGAUAUCACCAUAUCUGACAAUUUAUCUGCAAUUUAUAAAGUUGGCAUCAAAUCUGCGGAGGUUUUUUAUAUGGAUUUAAGGAAAUUGGGAGAUAUGAGUACAUGGGUUUGUCUUGGUGAUGAGAAGAAAGUUUUUAAUGAGAAGAAAGAAGGAUCUGGAUGUAAGAUCGAGAGUCAUUCCAACCAAGUGUUUUGUGCAAAAGGAGGGCAUAUAGAGUUCUGGUCAGAGAUUGCGAUGGGUUCGAAAACAAGUAGUGAAGGUGGGUUGUUCGAGGAGCGGGUGUUUAGGAAGAAUUUGAUUGGAAGAGUGAAGGAUAUGGGAGGUUCAAGGAUAACCAAUUUGGCAUUUGGCGGCAACAAGAUGUUUGUUACGCAUAUGGGUCAGCAGUUUGUGGAGGUUUGGCAGAGUUCAGUGAGGGGAUUCUGAUUGGGAAAGGGUUAUUUACUGGGGUUAUUGAUAUGGAAAUAGCAUCUCUACUUUGUUUAAUAUGAGAAAAUAGUAUAUUUUCAUUGUUAGUUGUGAGGAAACUGCAGCUUUACAUCGUUUGAUGCCCACAAUUUUGGCACUUACGGAUCUAAAAGAAAACAAGGAGCUUACUUUGAAUCUUGGAGAAGUUCUUUGUGGAUGAGAAGAGCAUGUUUUAAUCCAGAAGGAUUGACCAAGUUGCAUGCUCUCUGGUCUUAAACUGGAGCUACAAGCUUAGUUCACAUGGCUUAAGCAUUAGCUGGAGUUGCAGUAAGUGCCUUCUCUGCAUUGUUGUAAAUCUAUCAUUCGAAUCUGGAUCCACUGUCAUCAUAGUAGAUUUUCUGACUUAUGAUGUGAAUUUUUUCAUCAACCCUGUAAUUAUAUAUGUUUCAUUAUUAUAAUUAAAUUAAUCUGUUUUUCUCA